UCCCAGCGCCAGAUGAUUCGAUUUAGUCCCCGAGACGGCUGGGGACUGGGCACCAGCAUCAGAGAGACACAUUCCCUGCAUCGGAUGACUGGAGGAACGCAACACCAGACGCAGGCAGUACUUCAGAGUGAUGAUAAGUCUCCCAGACAUCCACUACAGCCCGUUCUCCCUGCUAAGGCGACUGCACUGCCAUCUUGAUUCUUGUUAGCCACGCAAAGUUUGUGUUUGCACAGAUUUUCCGACGUCAUAUUAAAGCGCGCCGGGCGCGGAGACUUCUGGGAUAUGAAGUCCUUGCGAAGGCAGAGCAUUGAUUGGCAGCGGUCGCGAGGACACUCUGCGCAGGCGCGUUGCUUUCCAGACCUGAAGAGACGCCGUCUUCCCGGGUCCCGAGCACUCUGUGCCGGAGGACUCUGCCCUUGUCUACAAAGAGAGCACACAGGAGAGAAUGGCUGCUGUGUCUCCGACCACCAGAUGCCAGGAAUCAGUGACAUUCGAAGAUGUGGCUGUGGUUUUCACAGAUGAAGAGUGGAGUCAUCUGGUCCCCAUUCAGAAGGACCUCUACAAGGAGGUGAUGCUGGAGAACUAUAAGAGCGUUGUGUCACUGGGCCUUCCAGUUCCUCAACCUGAUAUGAUUUUCCAAUUGAAGAGAGGGGACGAGCCAUGGAUGGUAGAUCUUCAUGGGUCUGUGGAGACAGAAUGGCCAAAGAGUGUCUCUCUAGACUGGGAAACUAAGCCUGAAAUUUAUGAUGCUUCCGAAGAAAAAGCAGAAGGAUCACUGAGGGAAAGUCUUGGAAGGCAAAGUCCUCUGUGUCCUAAAUUUGAAGUUCAUGCACCCGACAGCAGGAUGGGAACAGAAAAGAAAAGCCCGACAGGGGAGACUCAUAAGAAAUCCCUCUCCCAGGAGAAAGGCUCACGGCGAGGGUCUGCCUUCCCCAAGGAGUUUCCCACUAAAGAGAGACAGCAGGAAUGCAGUGACUGUGGAAAGACUUUUUUUGACCACUCAUCCCUCACCCGCCAUCAGAGGACUCACACUGGGGAGAAGCCCUACGACUGCCACGAGUGUGGGAAAGCCUUCAGCCACAGAAGCAGCCUCAGCAGACAUCUGAUGUCACACACUGGGGAGAGCCCCUAUGAGUGCAGCGUGUGCGCAAAAGCCUUCUUUGACCGCUCGUCCCUAACUGUGCAUCAGCGAAUUCACACUGGAGAGAAGCCCUUUCAGUGCAACGAGUGUGGAAAAGCCUUUUUUGACCGUUCAUCCCUUACUCGACACCAGAGAAUUCACACUGGAGAAAGUCCUUAUGAAUGUCAUCAGUGUGGGAAGGCCUUUAGCCAGAAAAGCAUUCUUACUCGCCAUCAGCUAAUCCACACUGGCAGGAAGCCUUACGAGUGUAAUGAGUGUGGGAAAGCUUUCUAUGGUGUCUCGUCACUGAAUAGACAUCAGAAAGCUCACACUGGGGACCCUCGCUAUCAGUGUAACGAGUGUGGUAAAGCUUUCUUUGACCGCUCAUCCCUUACACAGCAUCAGAAGAUCCACACUGGAGACAAGCCAUAUGAAUGCAGUGAGUGCGGGAAAGCCUUCAGCCAGCGCUGCCGCCUCACGCGGCAUCAGCGUGUCCACACAGGAGAGAAGCCCUUUGAAUGCAGCGUGUGUGGCAAAGUUUUCAGCUCAAAAUCAUCAGUUAUUCAACAUCAACGGCGUUACGCCAAACAGGGAAUAGACUGAGUUGGGCAAAAGCUUGGACUAGACAAGAACUUCUGCACAAAUUUGAGAUAGGUCUCCUCUAUCUUAAAGCCUCUAUUUGCUCAUUCUACCCACUCUGGCUGCCGUUGUCCUGUCCUGCUUCUGCGCCAGAGUGUUUAAUAAGCACUCCCUUCCUGCUGUGUUGUAGAACUGUAAGGGAGGCCAUGGAAAUGACUCUGCGUCAGACAAUAGGAUAGAUGUUAGGAGGAGGCAUACCUUUUGUGAAAACCUAGGCCCCAGGUAUCACUGCACUUUAAGUAUCUGGAGGGAAAGGCAAAACAGCAACAAAGCAGCACGUGUUUCAGAACAGUUGUUUUGAUGGCUUAGUCCCUCUCUUGGAGCUUUUUGGGGCACUAACCUUGUUCUCUUUGUGUCCCAGUUUUUAGAUCUCUUACUUCCACUGCUAGUAGCUAGCACUUACUGAGUGCUUACAAUGGGGUAAAGACUCAGCUAAGGGUUUUACAGUAAGUAGAUUAAUUGAUCCUGUCACCAACCCUAUGAAGUAGGUACUGUUACCAUCUUCAUCUACAGAUGAGCACUUUGAGGUUUAGGGAGAUUAAAUCACUUGCCCAAGGUGACCCCGCUGGUAGGAGGUGAUGCUAGGUCCACCUUCAAAGUCUAUUCUCUUUACCAUUAUGCUCGAUUCCUUGUUUUAUAAUUUAUGUGUAUUGUCUUCGCAACUAGAUUGUAAGCACUUGGAGGUUGACUUACAAGUCUUUGUAUCUCACACAGUGCCUUGCUAAUAGGUGCUCAAUAAAUAUUUGAGUGAAUGACUUUUCUGCUUACCAAAUUCUCUCCAUUCAAAAUACCUUUUAGAUUCACAUACCUUCUCUGAAUUCAUAGCCCAGCUUGUACUUUUAUCAUCCCUAGCUUCCACUCCUGGCAGCAGUAGCUUCCUAAUUCCAGUUCUUCCUGCUUUAUUGUUGAAGAGGGAUGCGCUAAGCUAUGAUACAGUAACAAGCCCACAGAGAGCUGUGUCUCUCUUAAAACCUGACAGGAACUAAUCUGUCUCAUUUUUAUCCUCAUUAGUUGGAACAUCUGGCUUCCAAAGUUACCACAAGGGAGGAAGAGAAAGCCAGAGGAAUUUGUAGUGUAUUUUUUUAGACCCAGGCUUAACAUCACUUCUGUCCACAUCUAAUAAGCCAGAACCCAGCACCUGGAAGCUAGGAAAGUAAACAAGCACCUGGAUAGUUGGUUAAUACCAAGAGCCUCUGUCAUGGUUACAUUUUCCAUAUUACUGUUAAGCCAGUCUUUGCAAAUGACCCCUUUCUGCCCAUCAUUGCCUUUCUCAAGACCUAAACUAGCUCCCUGUUUGGUGAAAAAUUACCUGAAUAUUUAAGGUCUGCCUUAACAUGAUCCCCAUUGCUGAACUUUACUUCCUGACUCCCAAAACUCUUCUAUUCCCUAGGCCCAGUCCUAUAUUUUUAUUUUUAUUGAAAGAUUGGCACUAGAUGACCUUGACUCUAGGCAUUUGCAUUAUUUUGCUUUUUGCUUAGGGUGAAGCUCAGAAAAGGACUUGGUUCUGAAAGGCUGUCUGGAAUUAGAUUGUUCUCUGUGAAUCCCAGUGGAUUGAGAUGAAUUUCCUCUGGAAGUUCAAGUCAGAUUUGAGAAGCUGAAUUACCAAACAGAUCCUCCCCUAUUACUCUGUUCACCCUAGAGCAGAUGAAUGGCAGGGAAGACUUGAUGUGUGGACUUUUGAAAGCAACUUGAGGAAAAACACAUAACAGAAUCUAUGGGUGUGGAUAAUAUGUGAUACUGCUAAACAAUGUUAAGUAGAAAAUAAAAGAGACUUGGUAAACUUUUGGCUGAUGACUGUCUCUAGGAGUUCUGAAUUAAAAAAAAAAAAUUGAAGGUCAAGUAUUUUCCUAAUGCAUUCUACCACUUUCAGCAAGAUAAGAUUGGAACAAAUUCAGGAUUCCAAUGGACAUCUUUUUUACUUAAUUAUUCGUAGAAAAGAUAAUGGACUUUUGAGCACAGUAGUAAUGGAAGCAGUGGGGAUAUGAAUUUGACAGUUUUCCGUUUUAGAUUUGGUGAUCAGAGCUUUUUUUUUUUUUUAAUGUGGAAUACUUCCACUUCCUUCUGAAAACAGGAAAGGGCUGUUUUACCUUUUAAUUGAUAUAUCCCAAUAUGGCAUGCAGUAGUGGAGACCAUAAAUUUUGAGGUUUUGGCUUCACUCAGUAGCUAUUAGUAGGAUCAAAUCUUGGAAUCAGAAAUUGAUCAAAUUGGAAGAAUAUCACCAUUCUUAAGGUGUAAAGCAAAAAUGAUAGUGUUUGUAGGGGUUUGAGCCUCAAAGAAAUGAAAUAAUAUCACUGAUGACAAGCUUUAAAAGGAGUUUCAAAGAAAUGAAAUAUUACUGAUGACAAACUCUAAAGUUUUAAGAAAUAAUAUUACUGAUGACAGAUAAGUUUUAAGAGAGAAUUGAAUGCUUACCACACAAAGGCACAGAAGCAUUCUAUGAAUAAAAAAUGGCUGGCAAUGCUAGAGAACUUUGCAAUGGUGAGAAUAUGAGAGAUG